GCGGCGACGUCAUCUAAGCGCGACUGUAGUUGUUUUGCUUCUUUCGCGGCGCAUGAGUUCCCAACGUGGCUGCAACAAAAAACGUCUUAUUCUAAAAAAAUAAUUUCAUAUUUGUAAAUAGUAAAGACAGAAUUUGGUUUGUUGGUUAGAAAUAUUUGAUUCACUGAUCAAACCCUUGUUGACGCAUUUGUGUAGUUUGCAGACACGGAGAUGUUUCUUGAAGAUGAGGACUGGAAUGAUGGCAAAGCAGACGUCCUGAGUCCUGCUGUCCCCAAAGCAAACGAGCCCAGCAGCCCCAGUGUGAAGAAUAAAGUGGUGGGAAAGAAAAGUCUGCUGCGCACUCUGCAGACACUGGGAUCUGUGCCAGAGUGGAGGAGCCAGGAUCCACAGGGGAGCAGUGACAGUGAGGAUGAAACUCUAACAACAGAACACGCCAAGAAGAAGAGGAAGAAGAAGAGGAGGAGGAAGAGGAAGAAUGGAGACACAGUGGAGAAGGGAGAGGAGAGGGAAGAGGGAGGUGGCACGGAGCUCAGUCAGGUCACCCCAGUCAAGAAGAAGAGGAAGAACGACUUAGAAGGAAAGAAACUGAUCUCUUCAACCACAGACAAGCCAAAGGACCAAGACACAUCUAAACCUGCCGACGGUUCUGAUGUCAAGCUCAGCCGAAAGCAGUGGAGGAACCGAAUGAAAAACAAGCGAAAGAGCAAAAAUAAGUUUAAACCUCAUGAAGCUUCAAAAGACGGGGAGAGGAAGGAGAUUGAUACGAACGCCAAUAUUACCACAAAUAUGGACACUCAGGCUGUGCAAGUCAAGAAAAAGGGUAAAAUGCCAAAAGGCAAAAUGAACGGAGGAUCAACAGAAACGCAAAGUGAAAAAGUGGAGAUUAAAAAGAAAAAGAAGGCCGACACAGAUAAUGCAGUUCUGAAACCAGCAAAUUUUGAACUGAACAAAAAAGCCCAACUGAAGAAGGCGAAGCUACGCAGACUUCUCCAGAGCCAGGAGACCAAGGCGGAGGAGGCCCAACCCCUGGAGGCCUGUGUGGAGCAAGCAGAACCAGAGGCAGAGGGGCCCACAGCGGAGACCCUAGCCGAGCCCCUGGUAGAGCCCCUGGACCCCUCGGCCUCUCUCCGAUCACGAAUGGAGCAGCGGCUGGAGUCGGCCCGGUUCCGCUACAUAAACGAGGUGCUGUACAGCUCCAGCAGCAGGGAGGCGCGCCGCAUGUUCACCCAGGAUAAGGAGGCUUUCUGGGUGUACCAUCGAGGAUACAGCGCCCAGGUGCAGAGGUGGCCUGAUAACCCUGUGGAUCAGAUCAUUCAGUUCAUCAAGCAAAAACCGACCUCUCUGGUGGUGGCAGACUUCGGUUGUGGAGACUGUAAAAUCGCCAAGAACGUCAAAAACAAAGUCCAUAGCUUCGACCUGGUGGCCACGUGUGAGAUGGUGACGGCCUGCGACAUGGCCAACGUCCCUUUAAAAGACAGCUCUGUGGACAUCGUUGUCUUCUGUCUCUCUCUCAUGGGAACUAACCUUGCUGAUUUUUUAAAAGAAGCUAACCGUGUUCUAAAAAGGGGGGGUUUUCUCAAGAUAGCUGAGGUCUCGAGCAGAUUUGAGAAUGUGCGGAGCUUCAUCACUGCACUGGCAAGUUUAGGAUUCAAACUGGUGUCCAAGGACACAGAGAACAGUCACUUUUAUUCCUUCGACUUUGUGAAGACUGGACCAGCACCUGAAAAUGUGAAGAAGUUUGGACUGCAGCUAAAGCCUUGUGUUUAUAAGAAGAGAUGAGAGACUUCAUUUAAAGCCAUUUACUGAUCUGGUUCAAAUAUCAAGACUCGUUUUGCAACUGUUCAUAUGUUGAAGUGCUAUAAAUCUUUACUUUAUACCUAACUAUUGUCAAAUGUAUUCUUUAACUUUGUCUAUAUGUAGCUCCACAGUGACUGCCCAUCACCUGGUCAUGGAAUUACAUUUCCCAUUGUUUUUUCCCAUAGAAUUUUUUUUUUAAAGUAUUAUAUUUAUCUUCAUUCAGUCAUUCAUUCAUUCGCCCAACCAUAUUUAUAUCAUAAACACCUAUUUUCACCAUAGAAUACUGACCUGUCCUCCAACUUAGUUGAAACUAUUGGCACUUUGCUGCUGAUGUCAUCAACAUUCCCUGGGGUUGUGAUGCUACAAUCAAUCACAUUAAAAAUGUACUUUUUACACC